CCCAACAAAGAUGUCGGCUCCGAACACAGCAGCGCCUGCUACAGCCAGAAUUCAGCCUAAAAAACAAACUUUAGAAGAUGCCUACUCUCCACCAGCAAAUUUUCUGGAAAUAGAUGUUCUAGACCCGCAAACCCACGGUGUUGGGAAGAAAAGAUACACAGAUUACGGACUGAGAUUACGGACAAACUUGCCAGUGUUUAAGGUUAAAGAUUCCACAGUGAGAAGGCGAUACAGUGAUUUUGAAUGGUUAAGGAAUGAGCUUGAAAGAGACAGUAAGAUUGUUGUACCUCCUCUGCCAGGGAAAGCCUUGAAGCGUCAGUUACCAUUCCGUGGAGAUGAUGGUAUAUUUGAGGAAGAGUUUAUCGAAGAGCGGAGAAAAGGGUUAGAACAAUUCGUUAACAAGGUGGCAGGACAUCCUCUGGCACAGAAUGAGAAGUGUUUACACAUGUUUUUACAAGAGCCUGUAAUUGACAAAAACUAUGUUCCUGGGAAAAUCCGCACAUCGUGAUCAGCUGCCGUAUACUGGGAGGCGCGAGCCAGAUAGCUAGCCAGCAAUGGGAACUAGAAGCUCUUGUCUUAUAGAAUAAACUGACUUACAUCUGUCCUUUAUUCUCUUCACCUGAGUACACCUCAAAUCUUUUUUAUUCAGAUACAUAACAUCGUACUGCUGGCUCGUUUGAUUUGUUUCUACCCCAUCGUUUUCGUUUUAUCGUUUUAACACCAUUUGGUCGCUAUUGACAGGGCUUAUGUCAAUAUAUAUAUAUCAAUUACCCAAGUGGAAUCAGUUCAUGUCAAAGGCACAAUGAAAUUCAAAAGGUGUUGAGAAAAUUAUCGUACUGGGGACCCGGUAGAAGAUUUCACAUAAAUGCAGAUAACUAAUAUUGCAAAAUAAUACCUGGGUGCUGUGGUCGUUCAUGCUUGCAUUGUAUUACUACCUGCUAUAUGUGAAUGAAAUAUCAGCCUCGUUUAAAUCGGAUCCUUUUGUUUCCUUAGCACGGUAAAAAUGAGAAGAUCUGAAUUAAAUGAGAUUUUCACAAAUUGUGUUCUCCAGGAGACAUUUUCAUCGAACAUACUAGAACUGGAACAAGUACAAAUACUGGCCCACAGUGGCAUACAAGUCCAAUUUCUACACAAGAUUGUUUCCAAAUUUGCUUGAUUCUGAUUUAGAUGAUAAUGACACGCUUAGUUAGGUGUGGAACGAUGUGAUAUUUAAUUAAACUACAUACAAAUUACGUCUUUGAAAUCUUACAACUCUGGGCAGCAUUAUUCAAGAGUGUAUUAAAAGUUAAGCCGGGCUUAAAGCUUAAUACCAGUCUUGGCCUAAUACAAAACUAAUGGCACUUCAGUCCAGAUUAAAGUUAAUGCGGUUAACUGCCAAUGCACUUUUGAACAACUGCGCCCUGUGCCCAGAUGUUCAAAAGGUUAUUAGGAGUUCAGCCUGAACUGGAUUUUUUUGUUACUUUUGAACGAUUGGCCUUGGCUGUUUAAUUAUUAAGAGAGUUGGGGAGACCAUAGUGGCUUUGUCAGCACUGGCAUCAUGGCUGCUACACUGGUCUUAUGACUUAAAAGUAUUAACAUGAAUAUGAAUAGGGCAUUAUUGAGUUCAGGUUUUGAUAAGUUAAUUUUGUGUACAAAUUUGUGUGAAAUUGACAUCUUGAGCAAAAUGAAGCAGAAAAUGUAAUCUUGUUAAAGAGAUUGUUUAAGUACGAGAGCACUGUGUACUGUACAUUUACCCCUCCCCGUUGGACUUACUUGGGACUUGAGCUAGUUCAAGGCAAACUGGAUUGGUUGAUGUAUUUGGUACAGUUAAAACUGGCAUGUGGUACUUCGCAAAGAGUUUAGUGUGUGUGUUGUAUUGUAACUUGAAAGAAGGGUAAAUUUACUAUACAGACUUUGCCAUGGUUAUCAAGCAAGCAAUCAAUCAAUCAAUCAGUCUGUAAUAUAAAACCUCACUUUGUAUUUCUCAGAAUCCUUGAGCAAAUUGAUUGUGUGAUACAGUAGAGUAACAUAUUCUGUAUUUUUUUUUUCAUUUACUCUGUAAACCUGAACGCCCUGGGUCAUUUGUUUUGUUUUUGUCUCAGUUUGAACCAGUCCUGGGAGCAACACACAAACGAACGCAUCAACUUUGUACUUUUGUAAAUGUGAAACCCGUUACCUACAUAUGAAAUCACACCAUUAGCCCUUAAACAUGAAAAUUUGGAAAAUUGAUAAUGGCCUUGUCUAAGGAAUGAACACCAUUCUUGAUUUUGACAGUUUAUUUGUUUUAAGAAUAUUUUUUUUUCUUUUUUCUUAUUGGGCAGCCAGGUCAUUUUUUUCAAGAUGAUGUACAGCAAGUGUGUAAGUACAUGUAUUUGUGAGAGAUGUGAGCACGAAAUCAGAAUUUAGAUAAGGCGAAGUCCAUCAUUGUUGUCAAGAUUUAUAAUUAUGUAAUGUACUAAGUAUUCGUUAACGUAAACUGGACCUACAAAUGUACAAUAUGUGCUAAAAUUCAGUCAGACUCACAACAUUGUAGGCUUUUUCACUAAGCCAUAUCUAACUCCACUCCAGACUGAUUCUAGUGUGUAUUCUUGAGAAAAGGCUGCAUGUUCAACUGAUAAUGACGAAAAUUUAUCGUCGUUAAGCAGGGAACUGGCCUGAUAAUUGAAAUUGGGCUCAUCCACAAUGUUUACAGCUUACUUAAGCGAAAUAUUUUAUUUUUUAAUUUUCCAUGCCUUUAAUGAAAAUGAAAAAAAAAAUUAAACAUUGUUUACAUAUAAAUGUAUGUAUAAUGAAAAGUGUGUAUACAUGGAUAGUUUAUGUGCUUACAAGAUGUUGGCUGUAUUCCUCAUGUUACUGUUGUUAGUUGUGACUCUGACACAAAAUUAUGAUCAGUCGGCUACAGCUUUGCAGAUGAUGGGGUUAAAAGCCUCCCCCAAAACAAAACAGUCACUGUCACUGGUGCCCAGGCAUUAUAUUAUAUACUGAUUAAUGUUUCUGUAUGCAAAUACAAAUAUAUAAACUAAA